GAGCCAGGGCCGGGAAGGUCUGAGCGAAUCGCCUAGGCUAGCGGGCCCGGCGCGCCUCCUCGGCCACUAUGAGCUGUACGAUCGAGAAGAUCUUGACGGACGCCAAGACGCUGCUGGAGCGGCUGCGCGAGCACGAUGCGGCGGCCGAGUCGCUGGUGGACCAGUCGGCCGCGCUGCACCGGCGGGUGGCGGCAAUGCGGGAGGCGGGCGCCGUGUUACCCGAGCAGUAUCAAGAGGAUGCAUCCGACGUGAAGGACAUGUCUAAAUAUAAACCUCACAUUCUGCUGUCUCAAGAGAAUACCCAGAUUAGAGAUUUACAGCAGGAAAACAGAGAGCUGUGGGUUUCCUUGGAGGAGCACCAGGAUGCGUUGGAACUGAUCAUGAGCAAGUACCGGAAACAGAUGUUACAGUUAAUGGUCGCUAAGAAAGCCGUGGAUGCCGAACCAGUUCUGAAAGCUCACCAGUCUCACUCUGCAGAGAUUGAAAGUCAGAUCGAUAGAAUCUGUGAAAUGGGAGCCGUGAUGCGGAGAGCCGUUCAGGUGGACGAUAACCAAUUCUGUAAGGUUCAGGAGAGACUAGCUCAGCUGGAGCUUGAAAAUAAGGAACUUCGAGAGUUACUGUCCAUCAGCAGUGAGUCUCUGCAGGCUGGAAAAGAAAGCUCUGUGGCUCCUGCCUCUCAGGCCAUCAAGUAACUGGACUUCCGAAGGCUGGCUGCAGCUUGCCCGUCAGAGCGAGAAGCCGUGCCCUCCUCUCCAGCCGUGUCCAAGAGUCCUGCCGCAGACUUGACUUAGUGUUGGGUAGAGGUAUGGGGUGGCAGUUUAGAAUUGCCACUUGGUAUUCAUUGUCCACUAACUAGUUUGGGGUGUACUAGUGAAACUAGACAAGUCUCCCAUCGCUGGGACAGAGACGACAUUGUCACUCUAGUCCGGAAUCUCUAUAAACUGUUACCUGCA